AUGCAAGCUCUAGGCAGAGUUGCCUUACUCACCACUUUGUUCAACACCAGCCUCAAUACUAGUAUCAGUAUAUACCGAUUAUUCGUCCACCGACUUCAUCCUUUCCCCGGGCCCUUCGCAUGCAAGCUCACCCGGUUCUACAGCGCUUUCUUAGCAGCAAAGAAUAUCCAAUACAAUGUGGAACUAAAAAGGCUCCACAAGCAGUACGGCGACUUCGUCCGCACAGCACUGCCCCUGAGCUACGGCCCCCAGACUGGAUGUCGCAGGUCAACGUGGUACGGACAUGUGGAUGUAGAUGACACGAAAAUAUGCAUGGCUCUAAGCCACGACUUCAACGAUCACCGACGACGAAGAAGAGCGUGGGACCGAGCCUUCAGUAUUAUAUCCCUCAGUGUCUACGAACCCCGUGUUAUAGCGCAGGCGAAGAAGCUCAUGGCCCAGGUCGAAGCCAACCAAGGAAAGCCGCUUGAUGCAACCACCUGGUCUAUGCUUUUCACCUUCGAUAUCAUGGGAGACAUCGGGUUCGGUAAGAACUUUGGCAAUCUUACAACAGGGAAAGCGCACCCCGCUAUUAGUGCUAUUCGUGACAAUAUGCGCGUCAUUGCUGUCGUGAGCCAUCUUCCGUGGCUUUUGAAUAUGCUUGGUAAAAUACCAGGCGCGGCGGCUGGGUAUCAAGGUUUCUUUAAGUGGUGCACUGACCAGGUUGAGACCAAACGCAAGGUAUUAAGUCCUCGUUACGCUUUUGGUUUGGCUGUAGAUGAGACUAGCGUAUACCCCGAUGCAACGCAACAGAGCUGGGACCACGACGAAUACCCCCAAGACAUCAUUUCCUGGAUCUUGAAAGCUUUCAUAGACAACGAUGUCUCGGCCCCACCAUCUGAACCGGCCCUUCAUGAUGACUCGCGUGUGGUGGUGAUUGCGGGCAGCGACACAACCGCCUUGGCCCUAGCAAGCAUCAUCUACUUCCUCGCCAAACAUCCUCAAAUCCUCCAAAAACUCCAAGCCGAACUCGACAAUGCAAUGCCUAACGGGCCCCGAAGUUGGACUUACGACAAAGCCAAAACCAUAUGCUACAUCGACGAUAUAAUCCACGAAAGCCUUCGUCUGCGACCCUCCGUCUCAGGUGGUGGAUACCGCGUAACGCCUGCCGAGGGCCUCCAGAUUGACGAAGUCUUCAUCCCAGGAGAUGUGAACGUGUUCGUUCCACAGCAGCUAAUCCAAACAGACGAGCGAUACUACAAAUUCUCCAAGGAGUUUAUUCCCGAGCGAUGGGGCGAAAAGAAGGUCGAGUGGGGAACUGAUAAGGCGCCUUAUUUUCUGUUUUCUUUGGGAAUCUACGGCUGCGUAGGGAAGAAUCUAGCUAUGCUUAGUCUCCGCGUAGCCGUAUCUACCCUAGCACAGCGGUACGACAUCAGGUUUCGCACGGGAGACAUUUUGGAACGAUGCAUUGGAUACAUUCACCACUUUUCUGCCGCCUUUGCAAGUUGUGUUUCACCCAAGGAAAUCGUAAAUACUACGCCAUUCUUGAGACUCCUUCAAGUUUUCUUCAUUCUUCAUAUUUCUGGUGUAAAAGUGCGCACUUAG